CCAAAAAAAAAAGAAAAAAGAAAACGCUCAUUUUCUGCACAGCCAAAAGUAUUUAAAACCCUCCUCAUUCCCAGGUCCAGACCAUUUCACUCUGACAUUCUCCAUUCUUUCGCACGUUGAGUGAGAAGAACAAAUCUCCUCCCUUUCCUCCCUCACCUAAUAAUUCAGGUUUCUAAGCUAAAUUCUCUCUCAUGGGAACCGUUGACUCUGCAAACAAGGAUGUCACUUUUAGCCUGGCCGACAAAAAGCCAAUAGUUGUUUUUGUUUUGGGUGGCCCCGGCAGUGGAAAAGGUACCCAGUGUGCAAAAAUUGUCCAACAAUUCCAUUACAACCAUCUCAGCGCUGGAGAUCUUCUCCGAGCAGAAAUUAAGUCUGGCUCUGAAAAUGGAACCAUGAUUCAGAACAUGAUCAAAGAAGGAAAGAUUGUACCUUCUGAGGUUACAAUUAAGCUUCUUGAAAAAGCAAUGCUGGAAAGUGGUAAUGACAAGUUCCUUAUCGAUGGUUUUCCUCGUAAUGAGGAAAACCGUGCAGCAUUUGAAGCUGUUACAAAAAUCGAGCCAGAAUUUGUCCUGUUUUUUAAUUGCCCUGAAGAAGACAUGGAGAGGCGUCUUCUGAGUAGGAAUCAGGGAAGAGAAGAUGAUAAUAUUGAAACGAUAAGGAAGCGAUUCAAGGUGUUUCUAGAGUCAAGCCUUCCUGUAAUUGAGUACUAUAAGGCCAAGGGGAAGGUCCAAGAGAUUGAUGCUGCAAAGCCGAUUGAAGAGGUGUUUGAGGCGGUUAAAGUUGUGUUCACCCCAAAAGAUGAAAAGGUCACUGCCUAGGCUUUCCAACUCUGCCAGUGAUGAAAGAGCAUAUUCAGUCCAGGUUAUGCCACAGUUUGUUGCACAUUACUAUAUUCUAAUUGGGGAGGUUUUUGUAUCACAUAGCGUUUAUAAUUACAUGAUAAGAUUCAUACCUCUAUAUUCUUGAUAUUGUAAUGCUUCUAAUAAAAUUAUUAAUACUGAUAAUCACAAUAAAUGCUCCCAUUUCUCCAGUUCUUAUUUGGGUGAUUCUUAUUCUUUGCAUGUAAAUUAAGUUGCUACUCUCAAUGCUUCAAAUGUGAGUAUAGUAUCAUUGUAGGAAGUUAACCCUUUAACAGUUCAACAUCUGCAUCCAAUGUGUAUUUUGGCAAUGCAAUUGAAAUCACUUUGAUUGUACUUGUCAAAUACAAUAGCAACUUAGAAACACUUAUUUAACUGUUACCCAUGGAACAUUGAUGACGUUUAUUUUUCUUUAAGGGCAACUAGCAACUGUGAUUGUCAUUGGUAUUGCUACUAAAUUCAAAGCAAACUACUCGUUUCCCCAAAACAAGAAACAUAGGUUUCACAAAAAUAUAAUCCCGCUCUCCUUAAUAGUGCUGAGGACUCGAUUCUUUAAUUCUUUCGGGGUACAUAAAACAUGGUAAAUACAUCAGCUUCCAUUGACCUAUCAGCAAUUAGCUUUCUUAUAACCCGACAGCCAUUGUUCUCGAUCGGUGAGUGAUGGAAAUGUGUACCUCAGGUCCUUAGCGUUUGAGCUAGCUACAGAUUUCACUUUGCUUGUAUUCCUAUGCAUCACUUUGAAUCGCUUUGAAAAGAAAACAUUUAGUAGAAAUGGUCUCAUGUACAUGUCGGUUCUUUGCUUCCAUCACUUCCUGUCAAGCCUUUUUGCAAGUUCAACAAAAUUUUCUACAAUGAUAUACUAAAACUUACAACAUUAAGUUUAUUACUGAAAUGGUGACCAUUGCUUAUGAAAACACCCUUUAGACAAAAUUACAGGAGGUGUAAGUCAUUAUUACCGUCUCAUCAACUUGCUUAUUAAAAACCCCCAUUAUAGUUAGGACCAUAUAUAGUGUUUUGGACAAGCUCAUAAAGAGGUAAGGCAAAGAUCCCACAAUUGCUUAGAAUGGGAAACAAAAAGUUCAAUAAGGAGGAAAAGUUUAUAAAAGAUUCCAACAUUUCUAAAAUUGUGUCAUCAAUUAGAAUGGCUUCGAGAUUUAAGUUGA